AUGUUGAAUGGCACAAAUUUCUUAAAAUGGAAGGAAGCUUUGAUGUUUCAAUUGGGCCUAAUGGAUUUGGAUCUUUGGUUUCGAGUGUCUGCUCCUAGAUCACUUAUUGAUAAAAACAAUACAGACGUGAAGAUUCUCCAUGAAAGAUGGGAGAGAUCUAACAUAUUGUCUUUAUCAUUCAUGUUACAACAUGUGCCUAGAGAUAUUAGAGAUCUUGUGACUUCUAAUAAUCUAGUGACUAUUUAUACGGAAAUGAUUGAACAACAAUUUGUUGGGUCUGACAAAAUCAAAGCAGGUGCCUUGAUUCAAAAGUUUACUUUCAUGUGUUAUAUAAGGAAAGGAAACAUACAAGAGUACAUCAUGGUCAUGUGUGAUAUUGUAGGAAAAUUGAAUGAUAUGAAGAUUAUCAUUCUUGAGGCCUUUUUGGUCCAUUACAUCUUGCAAACACUAUCAAUACAAUAUGACCUUUUUAAAGUAUCCUAUAACACACAUAAGAAUGAAUGGUCAGUGAAUGAUCUCAUGACCAAGUGUGUUCAAGAGGAAGAAAGAUAA